CUGCUCACUGUGGGGGUUUAAACCAGGACACAAACACACCUGACGGCUGAGCUCCUCCUCCUUCUGAUAGAAAACAUGAGGGUCCUCCUCCUGCUUUGCCUGCUGGCGCUAGGCAACGCCAAACCCUACCAGUCACUCAAUGUCAUGGAGUUCAUGAGAAACUAUGACGUCAUGAUGGCUGAUGCGAGCGAUGAAGAUGAUGAUGACGACGACAAUGAUGAAGACAAUGAUGACGACGAUGAUGAUUAUGGCGACAACUGUCCGACUGACUGCAUUUGUUCACCCAGAGUGGUGCAGUGCUCCGACCAGGGUCAUAUCUCUGUUCCUGAGAAGAUUCCUGAAGACACCGUGAUACUAGACCUCCAAAACAACGACAUCACUGAGAUCAAGGAGAACGACUUUAAAGGCCUCAACAAGCUUUAUGGCCUGUUUCUAGUCAACAACAGGAUCUCCAAGAUUCACCCCAAGGCCUUCAGAAACAUGGACCAUCUCAGACUGCUGUACCUCUCCUACAACCUGCUGACUGAGAUCCCCGCAAACCUGCCCCCCAACGUCAUCGAGAUCCGCUUCCAUGAAAACAAGAUCACCAAGAUCCAGAAGGAUGCAUUUAAGGGCCUGAGGAAACUCCAUGUGCUGGAGCUUGGCGCCAACCCGAUAGCCAACAGUGGGAUUGGACUGGGAGCUUUUAACGGCCUGUCCACCCUGUACAUCGGUAUAGCAGAGGCCAAACUGACUGCUGUGCCGAAAGACCUCCCGUCCUCCAUCACAGAGCUGAGCCUGGACUACAACAAGAUCGCUAAGGUGGAAAUAGAAGACUUCAUCAGAUAUAGAAACCUGCAAAGGCUAGGACUCGGUUUUAACCAGAUCAAGUAUGUAGAAAAUGGCAGCUUGGCCAACAUCCCGAGCGUCCGAGAGAUCCACCUGGACAACAACCGUCUGAAGAGGGUCCCACCCAGCCUCAACUCCCUGCGCUACCUCCAGGUGAUUUAUCUCCAUGGCAACAAAAUCAGCAGCGUGGGAGUCAACGACUUCUGUCCCAUCAACACCAGUGAGAGGAAGAACCUGUACACAGGCAUCAGUCUGUUCGCCAACCCCGUUAAAUACUGGGACAUCCAGCCGGCCACCUUUCGCUGCGUGACCGGACGGAGGGGCGUUCAGCUCGGAAACUUCAGGAAGUAG